GAUCGUAAGGCGUAUUGUAAGCAUGUGUAGGAAGGAUUCCUUUUAUUUAUUUAUUGAAGAGACCAAAUGAUUCCAGCUUUCUGAGCGGGUAAAUGCGAAAGUCGAAUAUUCAGGCUAUACUAAAUCAUAACUAAUACUCAUCCUUUAAUUCGUCCGUGAAAUAAUGUGCAGCAGUCUUAUGAGAAUGAUGAACAUCCAUAUUUUCACUUGUUUAAAAAUGUGCUGGACUUAGAGAUUGUCUUUUUUUUUCUGGUCGGCGCACACCGAACGUAUUCCGCGGAUUGAUACUUAAUACUUUGGCACAGUUGACCAAAGUCCAGCGCGUUCACAGCACGCGUUCACGCCAUUAAGCCAGUACGCGGAUGUCACUGGCCGUUGUAUGUCGAAAAAAGUGAAUACACGAGCGCGAAAUUCGAAUUAAGAACACAGUUUGACAGUGUAGUGAUUUUUGUUAUGAGUGUGUAUUUUAUGUAACUGACUUAUUUAUGUUUUUUUUUUUUCCAAAUUUAUUUUCAUUUAAGAACAUAUGAAAAAUUGGAUUUACUUACUUCGGCUGUUUUUAAAUAGUAUUAUGGUUUUUCGGACAUCAAGUGAACGCGUAGUAAAAUGGUAAAAAGUAUUGGGCCCAGGGCCCGACAACAAUCGGAGAAAUGGUAACGUGCGACAAUCAAAGCGCGUCGCCGGGCGGGUUCCACUUGAGCGCGCGCGAAGAUGAGCCCAGACGUUCACGGGCGCCGAGCGUUUCUUCCAUAUCGCUCUACAAGCAGAAGAUCGAUGCACUAUUCGACGACAGCCGGUCUGUUACCAGCCUACCGCAAUAUGGCGCAGGCUUCGCACUCGAUUUAGAAAGACGAGAGAGUAAGGCAAGUUCAACGCACGAACGUAAGGCUACGAUAUACGAAGAUGAAGAUGUCUAUUGUCAGAGUGAUAAAAUCAGUAAUACUGUUCAAGAUCGUAUAGAAAGGAUGUUCGCGGAUAUGGCUGGAGAAUCUAGGCAAUCGAUAGAUACUAUAGGCAUUCAUGUCUUUAGUGUUCAUUACCUCGGUUCAACGCCUCUAGAAAGUAAAGUUACAAGUCUCUCUGGUCUUCAAACGCCACUCAAAGACUUGUAUUUUGCAUACAAAAGAAAUACGCGCCACAAAACUGGAUUGACAGGAAAAUUAGAGAUUUCCAAAAGUGGUCUUAAAGUAAGAUAUAAAGGAGAAAAAGGCGACUUGGAGCAAUUAAAUCCAUUUCCGACUAUAGCAGUUUGGUCGGCAGUAAAAUUCGUGGUGCAACCUUCUGAAAACAAGAGCAAUGAACUCUGCUACGCAUUCCUGCCUUUGAUAACAGAUCCUGAUAACAUUGAUAGACAAGCAUUGUUUAAAACAUUAGAGCCUCCAGACAAUAAAUAUUUCCUCUCCCACAACGAAAACUCGCAUUCACCACUUUUCGCUGUCGUGAUGAGGAAGAUCGGAGUUGCCAAACAAUUGGAGUGUCAUGGUUUUGUAUGUCAAACGACCGAAGAUGCUAUAGUUAUAGCAGCUACGUUAUACAAAUCUUUAAUGUCACACAUGAGUCGACAAGGACACUCUGAUCGAAAGAAGCUGAAGAACAAAAACGGCGUUAGCUGUUUGAGUGUCGGAAGUAGUCGUUCACCACAUGAAAUAGUUAUUCCAGUCAGACCGCCAAGAAAGAAAAGAAGCACGUCAUCCAUGAGUGGUGAUAGUGAUAGAGCUGAUGGGUUUUCGGCCAGUGAGUCCUAUCACGAAAAACAACCAUUGGAAAGAACAAAAAAGAUCUCUACUGAAAGUCUUCCUAACUUUGCCCCACCAAUGUCAAUACCUCCCACCGAAUACAGAAAAAUUACUGUUGAAGAAGUGAAAGCCAAAUUAGACUCCAUAAAAAAUAAUGAUACUAGUGGUAGUGACACGCAUGACUCUAGGAAAUCGACCGGAAAGAGUUGUCCUAAUCCAGCUAUUAGUAAAUUACAAAAUGUUGCAAAUACCCAAAGCGGAAGUGAAUCAUCUGCGCGAACUAAAGUUUCUGAGAAGAUUGAACUUUUUAGAGAGUUGGAACGCCGAAAAAAUCUUCAAAGACCACCAUCUCUCCCGCCACCAAUUCCUGUGAAACCUACAGAAGCGCCACCAGACCCCCCUAAGGAGCCACUGCGGAGGAGCCAGAGCGGGAGGAAGUCUCUCAACGAGUCCGGUGAUAUACUCACUAAAGUAGCCAUCCCUCGUUCGGGCAGCUUUCUUAACGCUGGCGGCCUAACGAGGUACAAGUCGAUUGGACAACGAAACAACGGUAAGAAAGGCGGAGGUUCACCGCUGGGAUUCAGCGAACUUUUCAAUGAAUUCAAGGUUCAAGAGAAUUUACAUUCGAUGGAUGAGAUCCUUAGUGCUAUUAUCGACGCGGAAGGAAUGUCUUUCAACGACCUGAAACCGAUCUAUAAAGAGUUUCUGUUGAAGCUUGCAGUAACACUAACGAAAGACGAAAUAUUUCAGCACAGCAAAGCCAUAAUGAAGAAGCAAAAGAAGAAAGUAUUAAGACGGAACAGUAUUUUUCAGAACAAGAGACGUAAAAUUUUUAAAGGUGCGAACGGUCUCCGGAUGGUGUUUCGGUUGCCGUUCGGGAAAGAUGUGAAAAAAGCAGAUCCGCAAGCCCCACUUACAUCGUUAGAAUUCCAAAACCCUGCCCAACCCAAGGAGCCCAUAUCAGAAAGCUCAGUGUCAACAUCGAGCUAUGACAUCAGACAGUUUCGACCUAAAGAGCCGAUGCUACCGCCCCCAAAACGACAAGUCAGUAGACCGAGGAAUUCGAAGCGUGCAGAUAAAAUAGUUCACGUAUCGAAACGAAACGGCAAAGUUUUCAGGCCCGGAGAAAGAACUUCUUCAGAAGAAUCUGACUUUCUUACCUUAAGUAAUCGACUUGGCUGUCAAAACCGAAACAGCUCAAGCGGAUACGUGUCUUGUUCUGAAUGCGAAUCAGAGAGCUGUAUUGAUAGAUGCUAUUGUUCAAUGAAGGAUGAUUGCAAAUCUAAAUGCUACUGUUCUGCCGUUGAAAUUAAAAAGGAAGCAGCUAAAUCCAGAGCCUUGAACAAGAUUAAGGGCUGUAAAGAUUGCACAAAGGAAUGUUAUGAAGGCGAUUACAGUUAUUGUUCGUGCGAUUCCGAGAGCUGUGCCGAUAGCAAUAAGUGCUAUUGUGCCGAACCUAGAAAGGGCACGAUACAGAGCUCCCAAAGCCUUGAGUACCUUCGUAGUCCUUCGCAAAGAACUUACUCAGAAAGGAUGAAGAGAUACGAUGAAUAUGACGGCAGAGGCUCGAGGACUAGAUCAAGUGCUGGUAACAGAAGACGCGAAGGGCGCAGGACCCGGAGCUCUGACAGCCUCGCGCUCGACUAUGAGCUGCUGCUCCAGAACAAGCCCAGGGACACCAGGACCAGGAACAUGCAGAGACUUACCGUUCGAAGCACGGGAGCUGGUUCUCACGACGCUUUGAGCGUUAAGAAAUCCGCUGAAAUGGCCGCCUUAUUCGCAGAUGUCCGUCUCUCUCAGCGCACCGAUGUUAGGUCUCUGGCCGGGGGGCGCAGGCCUAGGCCUCCGCCCCUGCCCCCGACCCCGCCCAGAGCGGCACCGUCCCUCGCAAAGAUGUUCGAUCACAGACCUUUGAGCCGAAACGCGAGCCUCGAAGACACCUUGGGAUAUUUACCAUGAUUAUUAAAAUUUUAUUACGUUAUAUUUAAAUAAAAUUUUAACCGAUCCUAAUUCAAUGAAUAAAUAAAUUUAAGACAACUCUCGGCGCAUUUUGACAUAAAAUACGUAAUAAAAAUUCUACGAAAUGUGAGAUAAAGGGUUUUUAGUUCUAGUUGAAAAUAAACUAAAUCAAAACACUACUCAGAAUUACGAAGGGAUCUUUUAUUAUAUGAAAACGCACAGGACACGAAGUAAACGAGAUUCCUAAAUAACGAUUUUAAUGUAAAAAUCUAUUAUAAAGAAAAAAACGUAUACCGCCUUAUUCAUAAUAAUAAGGGUUCGCAGUGUAUCGAUCGUGUUUAAGUCAAAAAGGAACUAUGUAUCUAGUUAUUUAUUAUCCGAAAUAACAUUUUAUACAUAGCGUGCAAUAACUCAGUCAUAUUAUUAAUUAUUUGAAUUUAAUAAUUUUAAUUUUGUGAUUUCUAAUGACUAUAGCUAUUAACGGGCUUUUCGCGUGGCGAUUAUAAAGUCUUUCAGACUUAUUCGUAUUCAUAAACAUUUUAAAUAUAUUUCGAUCGACAAUGUAAAUAAGGAGAAGCGAUUUUUCGAAUUGGUGCGUGUUUUUUCUUUUCACUCUUUGAAUUUACGCGCUAUUAUUUAAAAAUAGAACGCAAUUUGAAAUGAAGUGUUCCAUGCACCAUUAUGAAAUUUUAACGGCUUACGGAGGUCCGACGUAUAUUUGGAAGACGUCAAAAGGAAAAUAUAUCUUUAUUAAUUAAAGAAUUACAACUACCGCCCUAAAGACACUUUUAAACGGAACUAUAUUUUUGAUUCGAUUUUUAAAGAAUCUAGACCGGGACUAUGUUCAAUAGUAAACUACUAUACUAAAUAGUAAAAAUAUAACUACUAUAGUAAAUAGUAAACUACUUUUAGACACCCACCUUCGAGAUUCUUCAUCAGUACAGCUCACAAGGAUCGCACCUAUACAGUCAUCCGAAUUAUUCCUGAUAUCCGGAUUCUUUCAGAUGUCUAUUUCAAAGCUAAUAAUAUGUUUACAUAAUUUCAAAUGAUGACCAAUAGAAUAUUCUAGUAUAAAUGUCGCUUUACUGAACUAAGUCAUUGAAGUCAUCAAGAUAAAAACGCAAUAUUACUUUAAUUUAUUUAUUUGUUUGAUAUUUUUAAAUUUAAAUAUAAUUUGUUCGGUGCAAUCUAAAUUUAUUUAAUUUUAUCUAAUUUUUAUCUCUUUUUCAAACUAUAACAUCGGAAAUAAUUUGCUAAAUAUCUGUAAUGUAAAUUUGGUAAAUUUCUCUCUUUAAAUUACCAAAAAAUCGUCGCAUUGUGAAAUUCGUGCAAUUUCAGUGCAAUAUAACAUUUUUUGUUUUUGUUUUUUUUUAUAAGUCGGCCUUGUGCAAUAUAUGUUUUGUAAAUAAACGAAGGUUCUAUAUUUA